AAAUAUUAUCCAGAAGCAAAAAAAUGAAGAUUAUUCCUACAAAACACUUGUUCCAUUUUUCCUGCCUUCUCGUUUUCUGCAGGUUGCUCUUGGCCGAGGUAGCAUUGGCUCAAAACACAACGGCUACCGCCACCAUUCCAGUAAACGUGGGUGUGGUUCUUGACAUGGAUAUGUGGGUUGGGAAGCUGGGGCUGAGUUGCAUCAACAUGGCCCUGCAAGACUUUUAUUCCUACCACAGUAACUACGCAACCAGAUUGGUUUUAAACAUAAGGGAUUCCAAGGGAGAUGUUGUUGGGGCGGCUGCUGCCGGUCUGGACUUGAUUAAGAAUGUCGAAGUGCAAGCAAUCAUAGGAACAGAAAAUUCAAUGCAAGCAAACUUCGUAAUAGAUCUUGGAAACAAAGCACAAGUACCCAUCAUAUCGUUCUCCGCAACAAGUCCUUCUCUUACCUCCAUUCGGAGCCCAUACUUCCUACGAGCAACGCAAAACGACUCUUCUCAGGUCAAAGCUAUUAGUGCUAUUGUUGAAGCCUUCGGCUGGAGAGAAGCCGUCCCUAUAUAUGUAGAUAAUGAGUUUGGAGAAGGGGUUAUACCUUACUUAAUCGACGCCUUGGAAGAGGUUAAUGCUCGGGUUCACUACAAGAAUAUCCACCUUUAGUGACUAAAUUAUUGGUCAUUAAAUCAUUAUUUUUCAUCACAAAUUAUUAUUAGUGACAAAAUUUAAAUCGUUAAUAAAACCCUUGUCACUAA